UAGCUGUCACUGAAAUUGCAUUUUUCAGUUUUCUAUUACAGAAUGCGUAAAAUGUUUGACAACGAGCAGAACUUUUAGUUUUUAAUGUAGUAUUGCUUUCAAUGUAUGAUGAAAAAACGACAAGAUCCUGAUGAAGCUAGAAGUAAUGAGUUAGGGACUAUAGUUUGUUAAAAAAUGGAUUCGUUUUUCGGUUUCGACACUAGUUCGCCUGGGGCUGAGGAUGAAGAAAUUUCUCCUAAAAAAUGGACAGAUUCGCGAAGCCGUAAUUCCGAGGAGGAAUACGAUGCUCUGAAUGAUGAGACCUUUGGGAAUCCGGACAAGAGUGACUGGGAAAAUAUUCACGAAUCGCUAGUGCGAUUGGAACGAGGCAAUGUUUUGCAUUCGAAUAAAGUCAGCAAUGGUAAGGAUGUGUUCAUAGAUGAUGAUCUAGAUAUACAUUUGUCGAGAUUCGAUUCCGGCGACGGAGAGGACAGUACAAGCAGUACUGCCGAUCUAAGUUUUGAUGACGACCUCCGCAAUAAAUUGCGAUUGGAUUCGAGUAUCUGGGAUGCCCCUGUUAAGCAGAUUAACUAUGAUUUACAAAAUACGUUUCCGAAUCUAUUGAGGAAUUCCUUAUACGAAACGCCAGCAUCUAAAUCUGAGUUACCCGUUUCCCAAGGUCCGAUUGAAAUGAUAUCCGUAGAAGAUAUCGAGAGAAAAAUCAUCCAGAAACAGUUAGAAGAACGACUGAAAAAAGAACGUCGACAACAAAAAUUACAGCUAAACCAGAAAAACAAAAAAAUCGAAAAGCUGGUGCCCGUUCCAUCAUUGAUGAACCUGCCAUUACAGCCGAUGGUGCCUCCUGUACAGUUGCUUGCUGUUAGAAACCAAAUGUUUCCUCCACCGCCCCUCUUGAACCAUCAAUCCCGUAUACCGAUUGGAUUUUUACCGUACAACUUCUUACCACCACAUUAUACUACACCAAUAAACAACAUUGCAUUGCAUCCUGGAUUUCCAACUAAUCACCAAUUCGGUUUGUUUUCCCAACAGCCUACUCAAUUACCCGCCCAGCUGCCCCUGAUUCACAACAUUCAGAAUAAUCAAUUCAACAAGCGCCUUGUGGAGGAAAUUCAACAGAAUCAUCCAAUGCUUAUGUUCAAUCGUCAAAACCCACAAUACAACAAUCAAAAACAUCACAACAUGUCUAAAGGUCACGACCGAUAUGCGAAUUUUAUGUCGAACCGAGAAAAACAGUGGCUGAUUGGAAUACAACUUACGCAACUCAAUUCAGGAGCGCCAUACAUCAACGAUUACUAUUUUACUGUGUAUAAAGAUAGGUUGGCUUUGCUGAAAGGUGACAAAGAAAGCAAGGCACACAAGGAUAACCAACUGAAUCAUCCGUUCACUCAGCCUAAAGGACAUGCCCAGCUACUGUUGAUGUCUUCACUAGCAAGAAACUGUGCAACAUUGAAUUCUAAAGGUGGUCAACGGGAACGUAAGGGUUCCGAAUCGAAAUACAACAACGACCAAAAGGAGCAACAACAAGGGCGAACGUACGCACCGUUGCAGUUUGAAAACUCACUCGGAAAGCUGCAGUGUGGAAGUGUGACUGCUCCACGUAAAAUAAUAGAUAUGGAUGUAGUCGGUAAUGAGAUCACGAAUGAGGGGAACGCUCGUUUGGAACUGUCAAUGCAGAGAAAGUCCCGACAUGUUUUGCUACACAUCGAAACAUUGUUCCAAGUAGUUCUUAGGAUGGAAGAUUUAAGAAAUCCCAUUGCCAUAGAAGCUGUUCUGCUUGCUAAAGAAAAGUGCGAUGUUUCGGCUUCCGUUGAGUUAACAAACUCAUCUUUUUCAUCUAACACGAAACCAGAGACGUUUGAUGAACUGCUGAUUGUGCUGAUUACCGGAUUGACUCAGGAUAAAUUAUUGCCGAUGUUGGGCGUGCGAAAGGGAAAAAUUCUUUUGCGGCGAAUUUUUGCACUAUUGCGCGAACAUUCCUGUCGUUGGGACUUGUGGUCUACUACCUUUUCGUCGAUUCCUUUAUUGGCAAAAAAAGAUCGCGAUGAUCAAGAAGGCAUUCUGUUUGCUCUGUACACGGAGUUUGAACGUCACGUACAGUACAGUCAGUUUAAGGAUCUCCUCAAAAUAUCACAGGUCAUAGCGACGGAUAAAAUUCUUUCGCAUUUAGCAAGCUGUAAAUUUCUUCUUUCUUCUGUCAUUACGAUCAUCUUUAAAAUGGAAAGUUUUUUCGAUAUGAAACCAUGCGGUAUCGAAAAUAACCAGCAGGUCCAGUGGAUUCAAUGUUUGGAAUUGAUUACCGCUACAGCGGUUAAGCUGUUGAAUACGUCAGCACCGAUUCAGAAUCCUCAACACUCUAUCAAAAUCGAUCGUGAGAACAUCAUUAUACGUACCAUGCGAUCACACUUCGAACGAUUUCCGCAGCGAGUGAAGGGGAAUGACUUUCUUGGUUUCAUCACAGCCGAUCCUCUCGUGGCUGGCAGCGGUGGAAAAGCGACAUAAAUUAUAGGCUAAGGUAAUCUGCCGUGAUACGCAUAACAGUCCCACCUGCAUAGGAAACCCAUAGCAAAUGGGACUGUUAUGCGGAUCACGGCAGUAAUGUAACAAGACAAAUCUAAGAUCAUCAUGAUAGGCCACAGACACACAGGAAGAGCAUUUUUUUUCUUUUGCUUGUAUUUCCGAUGAACGAAAAUUGAAGUAAUCUCGUUGUAUAGACUUUAAAAAUGUACACUUUAUCUUGAUUCCAGUCUCGUGAGCUCAGCGAACAUGUUUUUUAUCGAUGCGAUAUUACAAGUAGUAUAGAGUGAAGUAAUUUGAUGUAGGCUGUUACCAAAAACGCAUGAAUGCAUUGGCACUUGAAUUUUGUAUAAAAUUGGCUGAAUUCUGUACUGUUACUUCAUGUUGUAGAAAACAUAGAAACAGUUUCAAAAAUAAAAAUGUUUAUUAGUUUGGUGUUGAGGUAUUCAACAAGAAUGGUUUGUAUGAUUUUAUAAGAUGUUAGGGAAAUUUAUCCCAGUUCAUGAUUCGAACGGUUUACUAAUGCAUUUCAAAAUACAUUUGUAAAUAGGAUUUUGCAAAAAAAAAAACGGCGGACAGUGGGAAUUUGCAACUGUGUUAAUUUUUCAUUCAAAUUACUUAUACAUAGCUGUGUGUAUUGUACAUAAUGAAAAUAAAUGUUUUUAUUUUUAGGAAAUCGACGGAAUUAUAAUUAAGUAACUGGAAUGAGAUUCCAAUUUAAAACCAUAAUUUAGUGAUUGGGUCGUUCUCGCUUAUGCCGACUUCUAAUGAGCCGCAAAAAUAUAUUGAACGCUAUAAACCCCUAUAAACAAAACUUUUUGACUGAAAGCCUAAAUAAGCUGAAUGUAAACUAUAAGAAAUCCAAGUUGCCCUAUUAGUAGUAAGUGAUAGUGAUAUGUUUAGUACUGGAUCACAUCUAUUCGUCACUAUUCAUGUUUUGCUAAGAAAUUCUGCAAAGGUAUUGGAAUUAAAACAGAAGACAAAAUCAAGUAAAAUUAGAAUUCGUAUUUUAAAUAAGCAGUUAUUGGUUUGAAACGAUGUCGCUUUGCUGUACUAUAGUUGCAUUACAAAUUUUAAAGUAUUGCGUAUGGGAAUAAGUUCUUGUCCACUCGAAAAAUCAUCGUUUUUAUUUAGAUAUGAAUACAAAUAUCCUUUCUAUUCAAAGUAUUUUCCUUGGCCCUUGGGCGGUGUUAACCAUUUCCUACCUUUCUGGUAGUCAACGAAUACCUCGCUAGAGAAAUUCCGACUUUAUUAUUUCAAACUAAUCAUAAAGUCGUUUCUUCAAAUUUUCAUGUGAAGUGAAUAGCCCUCCAGAAAGGUCGGUGAAUACGGUAGGUGGGGAAACAUUUCCCAGUGUACUGCUUACAAAUAGGCAAAAACUAGUUUUGCUAUCUUAGGCCAGGUAUUCUUGUAAAGCAACAAGUAAACGAUACCAUUCCACAGCAAUGAAGCAGGUACUUCCCGCGUGUCAUUUUAAGACCCUACAAAAAUGUAUUCCACAUCGUGAACAAAGGAUAACAGCUGCUUUUGAAAGGACAUCCAUACACUUUCAAGAAACGGAAAGAGCUGCUUUUUACACACAAAUCUUAUACUACUAGUACCAUCCUGAAAAGGGCAACAACUUAUUCCCAUAUCUAAUGGAUUUAUGAUGUGAAAAAUUUCCUUUGUCUAGGAAACAUACGCAAAACAGUAAAGUAUUAGCUUACAUUGAAUUGUGCUUAUAAAGUUCCAAUAUAAUAAUUUAAGUUUGCACUACAAGGGCAUUCUAACGUUUAAGAGCGGUUUCAAGAGUGUCAUUGAGCCGUUACUGUUACUAGAUUUAUGAUUUUCAAAAUCACCUAUUCAGCCGUUAUUCGCAUAAUUAUCCCAUGUUCUACGGGAUUCCCUAUAUACAUGGGACUAUUAUGCAUAGAACAGCAGUAUUAAUGUUAAUUGAUUAGCUAUUAGAAGAAACUUCUCUUUGAUUGAAUGUGAAUCUUUAAAGUUUCGUUAUCACCAAAAAUACAAACCUAGGCGCUGUUCAUCCCUCAAUUUUGAAAUAAAUACGUUUUUGUUUCCUUA